GGGAGAAUAGUCACGUAACACAAUCGGCUGUCUCAAGAUCACUUCCCUCUCCAGCGCCGCCGAUAAAGCACGAUAGGCCUUACUCAUAACUCAAGGUACACGCAAAUUCCUCGUAAAUGCUUAUACUGAAGUUCAACAGAUGUGUUAUAUUUGUGCCAAAGGACUUACUUAACAGCAAGAAGUGUAGAUCAGGUGAGCCACACGCACAGUCUGGUGAGCGCUGGCUCCGCAUGCAUCUCGCAGGUGCCGGAGAAGCAGAAGAGCAAGUUGUCGGAGUGCCUCGGAGUAAUGACUGAAGCAUGGUUGUAAAGGUGUGUGGUCAUGGUCAUCUAGCAAUAUAAGUAAGUCUGGGCAGCUGUCGCAGGUCAGCAAUGACCUUUCCAAGGCGUAUGUCAUGCUGUACUCAAAAGAGCAGACUGAUGACCAGCUGCAUGACAUUGACAAUCAUGAGUAGGAGUUCUGAAUGGUGUUAAUGGACAUUAGCAUCUCACCAUCUGCGUCACCACCACCCAGUCAGCCUGUGAGGACCCGGGCGACUGUGGCCGUGAUAUUGCAGCUGGCACAGCGGCCAUCGUAUUAGACGCAUAGACCUAUAUCUGCCGCUAUCAUGUAGAUUAUCUACUGUGUUUACUUAUCUGCACAGUGCUCAGGC